AAAGCAUUCUCUGCUCAGUCGCGUCGUCAGUCGGACGUGAAACCGGUCCGAACGUUGCAACAGCGUGGCGUGAAUUCUUCUCCUGGUAAUAAAAAAUCCCUUUUCUUAGUGCGAGGGAGUUUAUCGUCUUCCGUGGAGAAUUCGAGAAAUCAGUUAGAACGAGUUACGAGAUAAGAAGAAAACUUAAUCGAAAGCUUAUUUCUUAGUGUAAGGUGACGAAAAAAAACGGAGUGAAUAAGUUUCCGCGGAAAGAUCCAGUGAUAGUGUAACCAUGGUAGAUCAAGCGGCACCCGCCAAAGGAAAUGUCUUGGGAUCACUGGUCCCGGCCCGGUACAUUUUGGCCGUACUCGGGUCCAUCGCCAUGGCCAUCAUCUACGGGUUGAAGGUGAAUCUGAGUGUCGCGAUGGUUGCCAUGCUGAACCACUCGGCACUGGCCCACAGCGCACCGGUACACGUCAUGUCCGAGUCGCACAUCGCCGAACCGGUCUGUCAGGGAAGCAACUCAUCCGAGGCAGUGGAGGACGGACCUUUCACCUGGAGUGAACCGCUGCAAGGAACCAUUCUCAGCUGUUACUUCUGGGGCUACUUCGUGUCACAGAUUCCCGGCGCACGAAUUGCAGAAAGCUUCUCCGCCAAAUGGGUAAUGUUCUUUUCGGUGUUCAUCAACGUGGUGUGCACUCUGCUGACACCAAUCGCCGCUGAACUGCACUGGGGCGCCAUGGUGGCCAUGCGUAUCGGAGAGGGUAUUGGAGGCGGAGUAACCUUCCCGGCUAUGCACGUCAUGUUGGCCUCGUGGGCUCCACCCAACGAACGGUCUGUGAUGUCGGCAAUCGUGUACGCCGGUACAGCUCUGGGUACGGUUAUUUCUAUGUUGAUGGCCGGAGUGCUAGCUGGCAGUAUAGGUUGGGAAUCGGUAUUUUACGUAAUGGGAGGACUAAGCUGCAUCUGGAUGAUUUUGUGGGUAUGGUUAGCUCAGGAUACUCCGAACAAGCAGACGCUGAUAAGUGAAGAAGAAAGAAGUUUCAUUACCUCUUCUCUCGGAUCGGAAGGAUCAGGACACGGUGGCCCGAAGGCAGCCGUUCCGUGGAAGAAAGUCUUCACAUCCGGACCGUUCUAUGGGAUUCUAAUUGCUCAUGUAUGCAACAACUGGGGCUGGUACAUGCUGCUGAUCGAACUUCCGUUCUACAUGAAACAAGUACUUCAAUUCAAUAUUAAGGAAAACGCAGUCGUCACUGCUCUACCCUUCCUGACAAUGUGGUUCUUCAGUAUGGCUUUAAGUAAAACUCUGGAUGCACUCCGAGCUCGCGGCAAGAUCAACACUACAAUCGCCCGGAAAACGGCCACUUUGAUUGCAUCCGUAAUUCCAAUGUGCUGCCUACUGGCAUUGUGCUAUAUCGGAUGUCAGCGCGGACUUGCUGUUGCUCUGAUGACCAUAGGUAUUACCUCGAUUGGUGGUAUGUUCUGCGGUUUCUUAUCCAACCACAUUGAUAUUGCACCAAAUUAUGCCGGUACACUAAUGGCCAUCACAAACACGGCUGCCACCCUGCCCGGUAUCACCGUACCAAUCUUUGUCGGACAGAUUACCCAUGGAAAUCAAACUAUCGAAGCGUGGCGUGUUAUUUUCUUCGUGACGAUCGGUCUCUAUAUUCUCGAGAUUUUGGGAUACAGUUUCUUGGGCUCGGGUGAGGAACAAUCAUGGAAUAAGGGCGACAAAUCCACCAAUGGCGCGGUGGAAAAUGGUGAAGCAGAAGCAACUCCGCUGAACACCAAGAACCCGAAACAGACUUACUCAAACCAAGGAGAAUAAACACGACAACUGAAUUAUCUCAGCAAAUAGUUCUCAUAUGUUUUGCCACAAUGUCAAGAAAACGACAGAAAAUGAUUUCAGUGCUCUUAUUUUCACAUGAGAUUUUAUAUUAUCGUACUACAAGCCGUUACUACGAUUUUAAAAACUAGAGUUACUUAAUUUCGAAAAUUAGUACUUAUAUGUAUUUUACCUAUGUAUAAUGAAGGUUUGUUUACAAAUACAAAAACCAACAUUUAUAGAAACUAGACAAAACUUAUUAUCAUCCGGGAUACUUAAUUCGUUGAGUCAAAUUUUAACAAUAAAGACAAAUUUUCUGUUGCAACCCAUAAACACGGACAGCAAAAACUAAGCACUAUUUUUUACUUCAGAAGCAAUCUCUAAAAACACCUACCAUGGCGAUAAGCGUCAAAACUUAAUCCAAGGGUUUCGAUCGCCAAAAACUAAAGGAAAUCUAGAAUUGAACGCUUGAUACUGAACCUAAAAUAGCAACCGUAAUGCGAAGUAAAUUACAUGCAUUUAGUCUAAAACCAGGAGCUAUAGUGUUAGAAUUGUCACUGGAAUGAAAACACACAAAAAUGCUUUAAAUACGAUGUUUAGAUAUUAUGACUAGAAUUAACAUGAACACGAAAAAUACAAUUAAAAGUUGGAAACAGAGAAAUGGAUCCUAUGGUAAAGAAUGACUUUAUUUAGAUGCAAAAUAGAAAAACAAAAUAAACAAACCAAUUGUAAAACUGAGAAAAUGAACAUAUGAAUGUAUGACCCCAUGUUGUUAUAUAUCAAUGAAUCAUUCAUCUAUGAUAUACCUAUCAAAAACAGAAAUAAAGUGAAGUUUUACUAGCCGGAA